AUGCCCGAGAAACAAGAAUCUACUUUCCUGCAGGUGAUCGAACAGCUGGAAGAAUGUCAGAAGUCCUUUGCUGUUCACCGAAAGUGCAUCAUGAAGCUCAAACAAGCGCAAUCUGCAGACCCCGACACCUUCCAGCGCGCCCUCACUCAGUCCAUCGAUCGUGCCAUGCUGGUCUUCAAACGAGAGCCAGCGGUAGAGCGUUUCCUGCAGUUUGUUGCCUCCUUCAUCUCAUUCACCAACGACAAGUACUCUAGCGACGGCGAGCUUGCCUGUGUCCUCCUCAAGCGCAUGAUCCCUCUGACCUGCGCGCGCGAUAAGGCUGUACGGUUCCGCGCCUGCCAGCUGACGGCAAAGCUGCUCAACAGCCUCGGGGAGGACGCGGAGGUGUCGGAGGAGCUCUUCGACGAGAUCCUGCACGCCAUGCUAGCGCGGCUGCACGACAAGGUGCCGGUGGUUCGACCCACGGACUUGAGCGAUGCGGUGACGAUGGAGUACGUGCGCCUCGUGUCCAACGACACGAGCAAGGAAGUCAGGAAGGCAGUGCUGGCCAACAUGGGCGUGUCGUCAGUCACGCUGCCCUUCAUCCUGGAGAGGACGAGGGAUGUGCGGGAGGACGUGAGGAAGUACGCCUACAACGUAGUCUCCAUCAAGAUCGACGUCAAGUCGCUCCAGAUCUCCCAGAGGAUCUUCCUGGUAGAGAACGGGCUCAAGGAUAGAAAUGAGCUGGUCAGGAAGGCUUGCACUGACAUGAUCUGCAACAAGUGGGUAGCGAAGGGGAGCGGCAACCCCAUCGCGUUCCUCAAGUUGCUCGACGUCGAGAUCUACUCGGAGGCGACCGAAAGGGCCCUGCGUGCGGUGCUGGGGAGCGGAAAGUUGAAGAGCCCUGCCAGCUUCCUGCCAGAGAACCGAUCAGCGCUGCAAGCAGAGGAGGCCUUCUACUGGAGGGUCCUUGGCAAGGUGGCUGUGGAGAGGAACGACGACGACAUGAUGGACGCGACUCUUCCCGAGCUCUCGGACUUCUGCCAAGUGCUGGAGUCCAACAUGGGCUCGUCCUCCUUCGUUACCACUGAGCUCCUCAAAUUUGUUCCGCUCCUCGACCUUGGCGACGAGCUCGGGCGCAAGAAGCUCUACACUAUGCUGGGCAGCAUUCUUUUGAGUCUGGAGCAGCCGAUGUCGCUCAUCUCGCACGUCAUGACGGGGCUCCACUGCCUCGAGUCCAACAGCGAGAGCUUCGUCGCCUUCAUCGCCGGAAUCCUCAAGCAGCUUCUCGAGUUCGCCGAGGUUGACGCGUCCAAGGCCUUCCUCCACCGAUGCCUCGUCGACGAGAACGAUGAUAUCAGAAAGGAGGCCCUCGAAUGCCUGGGGCUCUUCUGCUUGCUCGACGAGCACAUCGCCGCAAGCUACAUCCCGCUCUUCCUCCAAGUCCUCGCACAUGACACCGAGAAGCUCCAGGCAAGAAGAGACUCCUCCUCCCUCCCUCCCUCCUCCUCCUACCUUCAUCCCUCCUCUUGGCUCCUUCAGGUCACCUUGCUGCAGGUUUGUGCUCUCAGCGCGAUCCUCGACAUUCUGCUGGUCUUCAAGCAGAGCGACUGGAACAAGGUGCCUGAGAAUUUGCUGGAGGUAGGAGGGGAUUCAGCUGCCGGCACGUCGGUGUGGCAGCAAGUCGUCCAGUCCCUCUCCAACGGCUCCUUCCUGCUCCGAGCCACCGCAGCUGAGGGCCUUGCGAAGCUCUUGUACGCCGGAAGGCUGAGAGCAGCAGGACAUGAAGUUGAGAAGCAGACCACCCUUGCCCUUCUCUUCGCCUACUUCGCCUCGUCAGCUGAGGAAGAAUCGGCCAUGAGACAGUGCCUUGCUGUCUUCUUCCCAACCUUCGCGGCUAAGGAGGCUGACAACCUCCUCGUCCUCGGCGCCAUCGCUCUGCCUGCCCUUCGCAUCAUCCUGGAGGCUCCUCGGGGUUCGCCGCUAGCCAAAGUCAACGCCCUUCAAGUCGGCCAGUACCUGUUGUCCCUCCUCGAAGAUGCGGCCAAGGGAGAGGAUGCCAUCAAGGCGAGCAAGAGAGCGAAGCUGACCAUCGCCAGUCUCAUCUGCGAGGAACUCACCGGCUGUGACUCCUCGGCCUCUGUCAAGUGUAGCUGCCUUCGCCUCUCCUUGCUCGUUCUGUCGUUCGCCUCCUCUCUGCCAGCUCGCCCUCACCCUCGUUUCAGAAUCAGAGCAGAGUAA